AGAUCCAUCCACGCCGAUCUGUGCACUUUCUCUUUUUUUUUCCGUAUGCCUGACCCCAGAGGCAGACGAGUUCCUUCAUGUCCUAUCAUCAUCAUCGUCAUCUCAUCAUCUAAGUGGAGCCAUCACUUUCGUGCCAAACAAGAACUUCCCAGCUUAACUCAACAUCAGUUUUUUUUGCUAAUUCCAAAUCAGUAUCACUGUUCUGAUCCGAUGUUGAAUAGCAACAUAUAGUGAGUUAUGAGUUGUAUACUCGCUCGCAAAGGAGUUGUGUGCUAGGUAUCUUUUGAUCUCCACGUAUAAGUACUUAUAUAAAAAGGUCGGUGGAGUAUCCACUUCUAUUUUUAUUUCAUCUGUCUAGUCACAGUCUACUCUAUGGGUACGGGUAUGGUGAAGAUAUCAUUGGAGCUGGAGGCGCGAGGACAUCCUUGCAUCGCACAAGGCUAAGAGAUAUUUUCUGGAUUGUGUAUCUUUGGUGGUGCGCGGCGUCGACAAGCUCGAUAAGGGACGAGGAGCAGUAUUGCAUCCAUCUGAAGUAUGUUGGUAAGAAACAGGCGGCUGCGCUGGCAACCUGUUGCAGCCAAGAAAAUCAUCAUGUCAACGAAUUCACCAGAAAACCCGUGGAUGGAGCCAAAUUCUUGCGGUACUCGGACGAGCAUAAGAGGUCCUUGUCGAGUUAGAAGAACUACAAUACGCAGUGAUUGGUGCCCGAGUACAGCUGCUGCACUUCUGCUUCUAGGACCACUAGCGGGCAAUAUCAGCGUCGUCGGUGUUUCUGGUAGUGUACCAGAUCCCAUCGUCGAUAUUUGGAUACCGAAAGCGCGGAGUGACGAUACUUAUCCUUCACAGAGGGCUGUGGGCGAACGCUACGCAUCAUUGUGUCCCGAAGUGCGUACGACCCUUGAGACGGUUGGGACACUGGUUGCCAACAAGGGCCAGAGCGUGGAUUGGGCCACUGAUAAUGAUCCGCAAAAAAUAAAAGAACUAAAGGACGCACUGAAACUGUUUGAAGGAAACUUCACCCGAUAUGUUCCGUUUCUGCGUGGAGAGGAGUGGAAAAGUGACAAGUACGUACAGGUGGAACACGCGGACGAUAAGAAGGGGGUGGCGGUGAAACCUACGCUUAGAAAAAAUGACAAUAAUCAAUUGCUGGGGCUGAGCAAUGCUGAUUUUGUGAAAUACGCAGAAGGAAAAGAACAGCCAAGUCUCGCCACUGAUGAUGGUAGACCGUUAGAGAAACGAGCAAUCACGUUUCUAGACGUUGCUGCGGACGCACUGGGGAAUUGGCUAGUAGAUCCCACUGUUAAGGCUUCUCUCGAUAACUCAUUUUCUCAGCAAAGGGAUAAAAAUUACUCCCUCAGUUUUCUAAGUAGAACGAGAAACCUGAGACAAAUAUCCACGUAGAUAAUGACUUGUUAUCUCGACAGCUCUAAUACAGGCGCGCCUAGUACUUGGGGUCUGAGAACUCACGAACCAGAUUUCGAACCCGAAGUUGCUGACGCACCCACGUCCUUAGUACUCGGAUGGAAAUACUACAUCGACGAUACAAACGGUUACAAGAAAAGUGCCGUGGCGCGAUUGGCCUAUCUCCUGCAGCAGUGUAUUCCUCCUCGUUUUGUAUGAAGUCUUGACUUUCCAUUUUUACUGGUUGAGAAAGUCAACUUUUUCGAUCUCUGUUAUUGUCUGGAAGUGGAAAAUUAGACCAGGACUUUUCUCGUUGUGGUUGUACAACCUUUAGAUGCCGCCACUGGCAAGGCCUGGCGCACUCCCUUACACCCCCACCCUGGCCUUCGAAGCCGUCGAUAUCCGCAGAGAAGCAGCUGCCAAGGCUAUCCGGCCGGCCGCGCAUGGUGGCAACAUCUGGCCCAAAGGUCGGAGCCAACCAAGGGGCACCCCUGGCAAGUACUUUUUGGCAAAAAAAUCGCGACAAAAAUGGAGCGCAUUUUGCGCCCCAUUUUUGAAAAUAAUACGUCGACACGUUUUGCGAGAACCGAAACGGUCCCACCUACUGGGGCCUAGGGGUCUGCCUUAAGGCGACACUUUUAGGGCCAAAAGUGUCGCCAAAUGACCCGCCUCGUUCGAGGGGUGAAAGUGUGCCCUUUUUGACACGCCUCCGAAGCGACUCCGACCGGAGCCACUUAAGGGAGGCGGCUCCUCUGGUGACGCCUAUAGAGUCCACGUUUCGCCACCCCAUGGAAGGGGGUCCCGCUUAGCGGGUCCACUGCAAAACUAGCGGAGUGCCGACGCCGGUCCAUAGAGGGCGGGGCCUCCUUAGGCUACUCAAAAACAAAAAAUAGAAUUUGGUUGCUCAACGAGAAAAGUCCUGGUCUAUGAAAAGGAAAGGUCUCUGCCUGUCGGAGCGACAUGAAAAUGAAUGAGAUCAGAGACCCAUGAAACUGAUCCAAGUAAAUCAAUCCAAUGAUCUUUGUCGUUGUCAGCGCCUUACUUUUAUAAAUAUUGUUAUCAUGCAUAUGUAGUUUCGACGUCAAGGUCGAACUCGAGUCAUCAAAUGUUAUUGGUGAUGCUUGCAUUCUCAUUCCAGAUUCUGUUGACGGGCUCCAGCGACCAGACGUGUUAAACUGUACGCAAACGACAUCCACAACGAGUACCACUACGACCACACCCUCAGCGGCUGUUCAAGAGGAGGAGGACGAGGGUCUUAGUACCUUUAAGGCUCACAACAAUUCAUCUUCAGAAGCAUCUUUACCCCCUCUGCUAAAGGGAAAACACGCCAAAGAUGCACUUAAAGACGAAUAUAUGUGAGGUCUAAUGCCUGGGCUAUAGUUGCAAUCGUCGUUGGAAGCGUGGCUGCUGCUUUGCUUAUGGAAAAUUUUGGUGUUCAGUACAUAAAUCAAAUGCAGUAGUCUGUCAUGUUUUUUAUGUAGUGUCUCUUCACUUUUCAUCAUCGUUUUCCUUGUUCGACAUGUCUAUUCUACUUCUAGUUCUUGUUGCACCGUAGAGGUUGUUUAUACUCUUCAUGAGUAGACGUCGUGGACUGCUCUUCUCUAAUCACUUGCUUGGCUGCGUCGUUUAUUCGUAUUGCUGCAGGACUCAGAGGGGGUGGGGUGGAGCUAGCGGCUACUACGGCGAGGCGGGAACAGGUUAUGACGCAUACGGAAACUACUACCAGGGUGGAGCACAGUGGACCAGCCCCGUACCAGGAGGUACGUGUUUCUCUUUUUGUCCCAUAUAUUAUGAUUUUCUCCGUCUCGAUCUCGUAGUCGUCGUGCUCAUACUCCUGACAAUAAACAGAACGACCGACUUUGUCUUUGACUUACUCUUUUGCUUUUCUCUAAUGAAAACACAUCAAGAUCAAACUCCUAGAAUUAGCACUGCUCCUUAGCUCUGCUUCUGGAGUCUUUUUGAAGCAGGACCCCUCUGGUAUCAUCGUACUUAACCCUCGCAGGUGCGCCAUACUAUUAUGGAUACGGAAAGGGAAAAGGCCCCGAGAGUGGGUAUGGUGGUCCAGCACCAAUGGUUCCGCGUAAAGGAAAGAUGGGCAUGGGCGGCAAAGGGACGAAGUAUUUUCCUUGCAUUUUUUAGCAUGAAGAUACGAUGAUAAGUAUUUCUUUUUUUUCUCUGACAUUCAGCACUUUCACUUGAAGAUUCAAGAGAAAUAUAGGCUGGGAUCCGUAGUAGUGGUAGUCGUUCGGCCAUAAUGAAAAAUAUGUUUGCAUUGGAAAAUGUUGGCGUUGUCGUCAUGGUCGUUGGAAAGCGCUUUUUUGAAGUCGGAACUUCUGAAUCAAAAACCUGCAGCUCGUUGAGUUAUUGAUGAUCGACGAGUCCUUACAUCAUCUACUUCAACUUUAUUCUGUCAUCAGGGCAAUGGGAAAGCCGCCGGCACAACUGACGUCGAAUCCGCUGCUGAUAGGUAAGGCACCAGCGGGAUCUACUGUGAAGAUGAAGUAUAGCACGGCAAAAAGCCUUUGGAGCGGUAAAAAAGGUAAGAAGUCAAUGGAGGAGACUUUGGGCAACGUUCAGCAAAAAGGCUUUCACCAAGUGCGAGCGUGAAAAGGAAGAUCAGUAGAACUUCUAACUCAAGACUUGUCGUGGUGUAAGUAGAUGUGCGUCGCAGUAGGGCGACCGUCGAUGAUGCAUUUUUAGGAUGCGGACGUGUUGAAGAGAUGCGACGUAUGAUCAUCACUGCCCUGGAGAUUACACUGCACACGUGGAUAAGAUGUUAGCUAUAAAAUAAAAAGGGUAUAAUUGAUGUUAUAUAUAGUUAUGGUUGAACUAUUUUAAUUAAGUGCAUAGCGUUAUUUUUGUGGUUAUACGAAAAUGCCACUUCACAUUUGCUAUUCUACCCAGUAGAUCAAACGUGAGCCUCCGCACCCGGGAAUACUAUUUAUUAUGCUGUCUUGCUCAUGUUCAUGAUCUACAACUACAUUUAUGUUUUCUUGUAUGACAAUCACUACUUAGUACUUAGACUUACAAACUGAAAUUAUAUUUUUCAUAGAAAGACGAGAGGGAGACCACGAGACUGAGGUUUAGUCUUGUCAAACACCUAGGCGUACGUCUUCACCAGGAGAAGUUUGAUGGGCACAUAGUUACUAAGCAGAACAUUUUGAGUUGUUCAAUUACCAGAUUAUUGACAUUGUGCACGCGCAAAUAUUAAGAUGUUGAUCCACCUGAUCCUGGCUGAAGUCGGGUAUUUAUUUUCAUAUCGCAGUGAUGUAGCAACUAAGACUUUGUCUGCGGAACAAAAGCAUCAAUUUCCUGUGUUCAAAGAGGCUCUGAAAUGCUGGGUUGUAAUCGGAGAUCACACUCAGAGCUCG